CGCAUGCGCUUGAACGCAGAAAACACAAUCCACGUGUGUAGCUAGCACGCUCCUGAGCACCGAUGUGAAAAAGAUAGAAUUUCCGCAAUUCCCAAUGGCGCUCAGGAAAAAGCAGAAGGUUGGCGACCUCAAGCAAAGCCAAGGCACGAUGAAAUCGAGCACAGCGAAAAAGAUUCCCCAGAUGCAGGAUGGUUCUAGCGACGACGACGACGAGGAGAUGGAGAGGAACUUUGCUCUGCUUAGUAAAAAGAACGCCCUGUGGAAGGCAGAGGCGGAGCAGAGAGGCAUGGAAGAGGAAGAGGAAGAUGAAUCUCUAGAUGAAGAAGAGGGAGAAGGAGAAGGAGAAGAAGAAGGGGAGGAGGGGGAAGAAGAUGAUGAAGAAGAAGAGGAUGAGGAAGAUGACAGUGAGGAUGCAGAAGAGGAGGAAGAGGAUGUCGAGGAUGCAACUGGUGCAGUGAGCAGAGACGCUCAAGAUGAGGAGGAGGAAGAGGAGGAUGAGAGCAGCUCAGGUGAAGAGCCGGAGGAAGAACCCACCCAGGGAACCAGGCGUCAGGGACAACUGGAGACUGAAAAUGACGUCAAAAGAGAGUUAUCAAACAUGUCCUUUGAGGAGCUCAUGCAACUGCAGAACCAAGUUGGGAUGAAAGCCUACAACAAAAUCGCAUAUGGCACGGAUACGAGCAAAGGCAAGAAGCGCCCGGACCAGAUGAAACGUCUGAACAAGCACAAACCACAGGAGAUUUCCUCCAAACAGCGGGUGCCCUUCCUCAGGAAAGUUGUACCUGUCAAGAAAGUGAUCGCGCGCGACCCUCGCUUCGACGACCUCUCCGGUGAAUACAAGCCGGAGAUUUUCACUGAGACCUACAAGUUCAUCAAUGACAUUCAGGAUCGAGAAAAACUGAUGGUGAAGAAGACAUUGAAGAAAAUCAAGUCUGAGGAGAAAAAGAAAGAGCUGAAAAUGCUGAUGAAGAGGAUGGAGAACCAGGAGCGCGAGCGCAAGAGGAAGGAGCAGCAGCGGGAGAAGGAGCUGCUCUUCAAGAGGAAGCAGCGGGAGCUCGUGGGCCAGGGGCACCGACCCUUCUUCCUCAAGAAGUCGGACAAGAAGAAGCUAGAGUUGGCCGAGAAGUACAAGGACCUGAAGCGAAGCGGCAAGCUGGAGAACUUCAUCGCCAAGAAGAGGAAGCGCAACGCCACCAAAGACCGCAGGAGGCUGCCCAAGAAGAACAGUCAGCCGAGCCGCUGAACACGGACCAAUCAGGGGCACGCGGAAUGGACUGUUUUACUGCCGAUCUGUCCUCUGAUUGGACCGUUGAGGUGUCAGUCACGUCUGAGAUCGGUGUACUGAGAUUGACCCUCUGUGGAUGUACAUAGGACUUUUUUUCCGAUGUGGUUUCAGCAAAGUGGUUUCUUAUUGUGCAGUUGAUUAUGUGACUGCUGGCCAGAUUUGAUGGAUGAUUGCUUCCCCCCCCCCACCCUCACUGAGAGCCUGUUGUUUGCACACAUUUGAAGCCUUCAAUUUACAUCCUUGAUUUCUGUAUGUACACUGUUCAUACUGUGCACAAACAGACUACCAGUGAGAUAAUUAUGUGUUAUUGUUGGGAAGCUCUCCAACCCUUCUUUUCUCCCCGGUGUGUGUAGAUGCUAAUCUAACACCAGGGGGCGCCAUUUGUGUAGGACAACAAUACAGCUGCCUUUUUUAA